UGGCAGCCCCCAUGGACAUUAAACCUGUUGAUGAUGCCGAUGGGCUGUGUUUGACUUGAUUCAAACGUUUGAAGAGCGUAAUAGCAGCUGAAAUGCUUGGUACCUUGGCAAAGCGAUGGAAACAGUACAAGUAUAGAUUCGUUCCAUGGAUUGCCUUGAAUAUCAGAAAAAGAAAGGUUCGAACAGUUGAAGGUGAGAGAAACGACAAAGUCAUCUCCGACGGCAAAGUUGAACAGUCGUUACUUCUUUUCUUUACUGGCCUGUCCAGGCAGGAUAAUGGCUCCAAGGAUGCGAUGCAUAACCACAAAGUUCAGAGGUCAGGAGGUCAAGCAAACGAGAGGAUUGGAAGCAAUAGGCACUUCCAUUCAGUGGAAGUACCGAACAGGUGUAAACAAGGUCAUUACUGGUGCCAGUACCCAAACAAGAAGGGGUGUCGGACGAGUGGUCAAACACCCCCACAGAACAACUCUGAAAUAAGACAAAGCUUCAUAUACUUGUUGGAAGAACUUAACAAGAGAUUGCGUGUCCAUGUGCUACAAUUGUACUGCAAUCUGAAGUAUCUACACUUGACGUUUUUCUUUUGGUUCAAAUGUAAAUGUUUGGAAUUGCAAAUGUUUGGUCAACAAGUGAAGGGCACAAACUUUCCUGGAAAGGAGUUAUCAUGUUAUCACUGCAGCCAGCAAUGUACAUGGAGAGUUACCAAAAGUUUUGCCAUGAAGCCAACUGUAGAAAUGGUAUGUACAUUGGCUAAUACUACCUCAUCGAGAGGCUACACAUGCGCAACGUCUCAGAAUCAAAGAAACGAUGUGCAGAAGGUACAGGGUACCAGACUGAGAUGUCAGGAGGGGUUAGAGGUCAUGCAGAGAAUGCUGGGUUUCACCAUCGAGCGACAGCCGAGCAGCAUCACAGGGGGUGGGACCGGGGUGUUUGUGACUCGUGGAACCAUCCCAGCUGAAACUGUAGUUGCAAUGUAUCCAGGCACGGUCUACAAGUCCUGGGAGCCUAUUUUACUGCAGUCCGUAGCCAAUCCGUUCAUAUUCCGAUGUCUGGACGGAACUCUGAUUGACGGAAACGACAAGGGUAUCUCAAGAAUGGUGUACAGGUCUUGCACCCAGCGAGAUAGGAUGGGACCGUACUUGACCUCUGACCUCACCUGGUUGACCGAGGCACCGUCCAAUCCGAUGGCUGUAGGACAGUAUGUCAAUAAUCAAAACAAAGGUAAUGAGGCCAAUGUAGCAUAUCAAGAGUUUGACGUGCCAGAUUCAUUUCCAUUUCAUCUGCUUCAAUUCAUCCCUAAUGUGUUCUACAGCUCCACCUACCAGCAAGGGGACUCCUCAAACCCAAGGUUGAUGCGUACAGUUGUCCUCGUGUCUUUAAGAGAGAUCCAAUGUGGAGAGGAACUGUUUUCUUCAUAUUUCACCAUCGUCCACUAGCAGAAAAUGUGGGUUUGAGAACAAACCAAGCCACAGCAACCAGCAUUAUUCGCCUAGACGAUCCAUCAAAGGCCGAUUUUAUUUUUUAAAUGGUUUUUAAUUUAUUCAAUUGUUCUUUGGUAUAUUUAUAUUUAAAUAAUAAUAAUAAUAAUGAACCAUUCUUAUAAAGCGCAUUUUACACGGGGUCCCAAUGCGCUGAACAAUUAACAGAGGAAAACACUAACAUUAUAUAACAUUUGCAGUGAACAGAUGGGUUUAAGAUUAGCUUUGAAAAUGUCCAGGGUUGGGGCUUCCUUGAUGUGAUUGGGUAGUUUUGUUCCAGAGGGUUGGGGCUGCAGAUGAAAAAGCUCGCUGACCGUAUGACCUUGUCGAUGUUGAGGAGCAGGCGAGCAGGGAUUGUGAUUUUUUUUUUGGAAAUGGAAGAAGAUCGCGACCAACCCAAUCCUUCAAAUUCCACCAUUUUUUUUACGCGGGGCUUUCGUAUCCAUUGAAAGUUUGAGAACAAACAGUAGGCUGUGGGUUUCCUGCAAUGGGACAGGUUUUGGAGGAUUCAUGGUUUGGUUUCGAUCAUACCACAGAGAGAGAGAGGGUUUCUACAGCAAUUGUAUAUAGAAGUUGUAAAGGCUAAAUAAAAAAAAAAACAUUUUGGAAGUUCAUCUUUAACCCAGCCACAAAUUGGAAGGUCAAACAACUCGGGGAAAAUAAAAACAAUACCGUCAGGUAUUAAAAGCACAAAAUAGAAAUAUCUAUUUAUUUUUCAAAUCAUUAUUACAAUUAUUUGAAUCAUAGAAUGUUUUCUGACUCUAAAACAAAAUUCACAAAAUGGGUAGCAGUUGUUUGGAAAAUCUAAAAUUUUAUAUCUUUUAACUUCUAAAUUACUAAAAAAAUACUACAAAUUUGAAAAUUUGCAGGCUUAUCAUUUUUUCUAACCAGUAUGGAAAUUACAAAAAGGAUAGCCCCUGAGAAAUGUCUACUGUUUUGUUGCAUUGAUAAAUUCUCCAUUGCAACUUUUAUAAGAAAACAUAGACUUUAAAUUAGUGUUUUUCCCCCAAUUUUGAGGUUGAAAAGAAUACAAGAUUGUAGCCUUGUAGGAGUGUCAUUUAAGAAGAGUUUAUUGAGGAUAUUGUCAGAUGUGUUUUUCCUAGCCCUGUUCCUAACCCUGUUACAAUACCAUCAACUCAUUAAAAUAAACAAAUAAAUCUCUCAAAUGUAAUUUUGGAGUCUUAAAUUCAUAGACAUUCAUGUAUUUCCUAACAAAAUUGGAAAUGUUUCUCAAGUAUUUCCUAACAAAAUUGGAAAUGUUUCUCAAGUAUUUCCUAACAAAAUUGGAAAUGUUUCUCAGUCCCAGAUUCAUGUCUUAUCAUUUUUGCAAUGACUGACCUUCAUUGACAUGAUAUAUGAAGAAAAAGCAGCGUCAGGCUGCAACAUUCUUUUCCAGUUUUUUCUAAUGAAAUACACUAAAACUAAUUUUACACAAACGCACAAGACUGUACCAAACUGUAAUUUCUUCAUAUAGUAAGAAUGAAAUAUUGUAAAAUUUAUAAAUAUCUACGAUUGGAAAUAACUGUCUACUGAUAGAUUGUCAUCAGUGGCUAGAGCUACAGACUGUCAAAUU